AUGCUUUCUCUCUCGACCAUCUUCACCGCGGCCCUCGCCCUGGCAGGCGCCGUCAACGCUGCAUGUGGUGACGGAUCGACCCAAGCAAGUGUCUCCGGUUCUGGCACCUUCACAGCGACUGUGAACGGAGCCAACGUGUACAGUGGCACUGAUUACCGCCUCGCCAUCCAGACCGCUCUCGACCGUAUCAGCAGCGGGCAGCGGCUGGUCGUGUGGUCUUCUGGCUCUAUCGGUUCCAACACUAUUACCGUCACUGGAGGCAAGACGUUUGAGGUCUGCGGCACUCUCAACGCGGUCGCCCGAAGUGGACGGGGUGCAAUCGAAGUAACCAACCAGAAUGAUGUCAGCAUCCCCUACCUGACCAUGACUGGAAACCCAUACUUUGGUCUUCGCUUCUCCGGCACACGCAACCUGAACCUUGGAAAGAUCACCAUGAACCUUAGCGGCGGCCUAGGGAUUCGAUUUGAUCGUGACCUUGCUCAGAACUAUAACGUCAGGAUGGACGUUAUCACCGUGACGGGUGCUGGUAGCCAUGCGGUGGAGACGUGGAAUAUUGAUGGCCUGACCAUCAACUCGGUCAUUGCUCGCAACGUUGGCGAGUGCGGUCUCUUGCUUCAGAAGACUAUUAACGCAUGGGUCGGAUAUGUUGAAGGCAACAACGUUGCGGCUGGAACUGGAUACGCCACUCUUCGAUUCGCCAACAACAACGGACAGCUUGCAAACGGUCAGUAUACUACGACAAACGUCUACAUUGACAAGGUCUACUCUCGUGGCGGUGGUCGCGGCAUCUUCUGUGUUUCCAUGUCCGGCGCAGCCGAAAUCAAGUACAUCGACCUUGCCAACAACGGCAACAACGCCGUGCUCAUCGAGAAUUGCUACAACCUGGCUAUUAGAGAUGGUGUUAUCAACGGAGGGGGGGAGGUCCGCGUUGCUGCUCGUUCUGAGUUCCCCAACACGAGUGGCAUCUUCUUCGAGGUCGAGGUGAACAAUAAUUCGGUCCGGGAGUCUCCCUGUGCCGAGAACAUUUUCUGGGCCAUCACUGGCAACGCUAGCAAGAACAUCUGCUAG